AUGGGCGAAGUGACAGCAGAGGAGGUGGAGAAGUUCCUGGACUCCAAUAUCGACUUUGCCCAACAGUACUACAAACUCCGCUACCGGGCCAAGGUCAUCUCUGACCUCCUGGGGGCCAAGGAGGCAGCUGUGGACUUCAGCUACUAUCACCCGUUGAGCAGUGUGGAGGAGAGCGAGAUCAUAUUCGAUCUUCUGCGGGACCUUCAGGAGAAUCUGCAGGCUGAGAAGUGCACCUUCAAUGUCAUGAAGAAGCUGUGCUUCCUGCUGCAGGCUGAUCGCAUGAGCCUGUUCAUGUACCGGGUCCGGAAUGGCAUCGCUGAGCUGGCCACCCGGCUUUUCAAUGUCCACAAGGACGCUGUCCUAGAGGACUGCCUGGUGAUGCCUGACUCGGAGAUCGUGUUCCCCUUGGACAUGGGCGUGGUGGGCCAUGUGGCUCACUCUAAAAAGAUCGUCAACGUCACCAACACAGAGGAGGAUGAGCAUUUCUGUGACUUUGUGGACAACCUCACAGAGUAUCAGACUAAGAACAUCUUGGCAUCUCCCAUAAUGAAUGGAAAGGAUGUGGUGGCCAUAAUCAUGGCUGUGAAUAAAGUGGAUGGGCCCCACUUUACCAAGAGUGAUGAAGAGGUUCUUCUUAAGUACCUCAAUUUUGCAAAUCUGAUCAUGAAAGUGUUUCAUCUGAGCUACCUGCACAACUGUGAGACCCGGCGUGGCCAGAUAUUGCUGUGGUCUGGCAGCAAAGUCUUUGAGGAGCUUACAGACAUCGAGAGACAGUUCCACAAAGCCCUGUACACAGUCCGAGCCUUCCUCAACUGCGACAGAUACUCUGUGGGCCUCUUGGACAUGACCAAGCAGAAGGAAUUUUUUGAUGUGUGGCCAGUCUUGAUGGGUGAGGCUCCUCCUUACACAGGUCCCAGGACUCCAGAUGGAAGGGAAAUCAACUUUUACAAGGUCAUUGACUACAUCUUGCAUGGCAAAGAAGACAUCAAAGUGAUCCCGAACCCACCUCCUGACCACUGGGCUUUAGUAAGUGGUCUCCCCACUUAUGUUGCCCAAAAUGGCCUGAUCUGCAACAUCAUGAAUGCACCUGCAGAGGACUUCUUUUCAUUCCAGAAAGAGCCCCUGGAUGAGUCUGGAUGGAUGAUCAAAAAUGUCCUGUCUAUGCCAAUUGUGAAUAAGAAGGAAGAAAUUGUGGGUGUGGCUACGUUUUACAAUCGCAAAGAUGGGAAGCCAUUCGACGAGAUGGACGAGACGCUCAUGGAGUCUUUAACUCAAUUCCUGGGCUGGUCUGUCUUAAAUCCUGACACAUAUGAGUCAAUGAACAAGCUGGAAAACAGAAAGGAUAUUUUCCAGGACAUGGUAAAAUAUCACGUGAAGUGUGACAAUGAAGAAAUCCAGAAAAUUCUGAAAACCAGAGAAGUGUACGGGAAGGAGCCUUGGGAAUGUGAGGAAGAUGAAUUGGCUGAGAUCCUGCAAACAGAACUGCCGAAUGCAGAGAAAUUCGAAAUUAACAAAUUCCACUUCAGCGAUCUGCCCCUGACAGAACUGGAGCUGGUGAAGUGUGGGAUCCAGAUGUACUAUGAGCUCAAAGUGGUGGACAAAUUUCACAUUCCGCAGGAGGCCCUGGUGCGCUUCAUGUACUCCCUGAGUAAAGGCUACCGCAGGAUCACCUACCAUAACUGGCGGCACGGCUUCAACGUGGGCCAGACCAUGUUCUCCUUGUUGGUGACAGGCAAGCUAAAGCGAUACUUCACAGACCUGGAGGCACUGGCCAUGGUCACCGCGGCCUUCUGCCAUGACAUUGACCACAGAGGCACCAACAACCUUUACCAGAUGAAAUCCCAGAACCCACUGGCCAAGCUCCAUGGAUCAUCCAUCUUGGAAAGACACCACUUGGAGUUUGGCAAAACGUUGCUGCGAGAUGAGGCCCUGAAUAUCUUUCAAAACCUCAAUCGCAGGCAGCAUGAGCAUGCAAUUCACAUGAUGGACAUCGCCAUCAUUGCCACAGACCUGGCCUUGUACUUCAAGAAGAGAACAAUGUUCCAAAAAAUUGUGGACCAGUCAAAGACAUAUGAGACUGAGCAGGAGUGGACACAGUACAUGAUGCUGGAGCAGACUCGGAAGGAAAUCGUGAUGGCCAUGAUGAUGACUGCCUGUGACCUCUCAGCCAUCACCAAGCCCUGGGAGGUGCAGAGCAAGGUAGCUCUCCUGGUUGCUGCUGAAUUCUGGGAGCAAGGGGACCUGGAGCGCACAGUGCUACAACAGAACCCCAUUCCCAUGAUGGACAGAAACAAGGCAGAUGAAUUACCCAAGCUUCAGGUUGGCUUCAUCGACUUCGUCUGCACAUUUGUCUACAAGGAAUUCUCACGUUUCCAUGAGGAGAUCACACCCAUGCUGGAUGGGAUCACCAACAACCGAAAGGAGUGGAAGGCACUGGCAGACGAGUACGAGGCCAAGGUGAAAAUGCUGGAGGAGGAGAAGCAGAAACAGCAGGCCAAGCAAGUUGCCAUGGGGAAUCAGCCUGGGGGGAACCCCAACCCAGCAGGGGGCGCGCCUGCAUCAAAGUCCUGCUGUAUCCAGUAGAGCUGAGACUCAGCUGACUAGAACCACACCAGUCUCCUAGGAAGCAGAUGCCCAAGAUGGUGGAGAAUCACACAUGUGCUUCUUGAGAAGUAAAAAGAAAAAAAAAAAAAAAUCCUAGAAUCUGAAAACUCUGAAAGAGAAUUGAGCUUACCUCUCAUCUAGUAGCCUACAAACAUUUUUCAGCUUCUAGAGCUUUGCCUUGAGUAAAACCCUGAUAUUCUAGCUUGCACAAGUACUAAACAGGCAAGUAAUGCCAGAUACACGUGCUUGCUUGGAGUCACUAUUGUUCCCUGAUUUAUAAACUCUUCCAUCACUCUUAAAAAUAGAGAAUUGUACCAGGAAUCCCCUCAGACCUCAGCCACAUUUACUCCAUUUGUCUUCUUGUGUUCCCCGCCCCCUUAGUAUUUAAAAAGCACAUUUAGACAUAGGAUUACUGAUCCCUGCAGAUGAAAUUCACAGCUGGGGCUGCCACCUUGGUAAGCCUGCCCCAACCAGCUUUCUCUCAUUGUCACAAGAACCCCAUUUGGGGUGGGGGAGAUAGCACAAUGGUUAUGCUGGAGGCUUCAAGGUCUCAGGCUCAAUCCCCAGUAACACCAUAAGCCAGAGCUGAGCAGUGCUCUGAUAAAAAAAAAAAAUCCUCUUAUAGUUGGUUUAUUUGAAUUCAAUCCAAACAUAAUUCACAUGUUCAGUUGCUAUUGUUUCUUUGGUCUUUUUCAU